AUGGCAGAUCAGAAAGAUGCUCAAAUCUAUGAAAUAGUCACUGAAAAACUAUUUGAUGAAUACAUAAAUUCACCAUUGGUUAUAAACAAAUUAUUAUUAGUUCACAUUGAACUAGAACAAAUUUCUGUUUGUAAAAUUGUAAACGAAGGACUAUUGGCUAUCAAUCGGGAUCCUGAAUUUAUGCAACAAUUAGCUGUAUGCCGUUUAAAUGCUGAUCAUUUUUAUGAUUUACUUAACGCUCAACAUGUUAAUGCAGCGCCAACUAUUCUCUUCUAUCAUCGGACAAAAAUCAUCGAUCGUGUUGAUGGUUUUAAUCAAAGUGAAUUAUUAAAAAAAAUCAAAUCAAACAUAAAUAAACUCGGUGUUGUACAAACAACGGAAAUAAAUGCUGAUAGUGAUUCACAAAUAAUCUCUGCAGAAACUAGAAUAAAACAAUUACUUGAUUCAUCACCUACUAUUUUAUUUAUGAAAGGUACACCGGCUAGUCCGCAAUGUGGCUUUAGUCGGCAAGCAUGCCAUUUACUUGAUGAACACAAAAUAAAAUAUGAUUAUUUUGAUGUACUUGCUGAUCAACAUGUACGUGAGCAAUUAAAAAAAUACUCAAAUUGGAAUACAUAUCCACAAUUAUACGUUGGCGGAGAGUUAAUUGGUGGAUUAGAUAUAAUGAAACAAAUGAUAGAGAAUGGAGAUUUUGAAGUAAAAUUACAAGAAAAAAAAGUUCAAGAGAAAGAUAAAGAUAUGAGAAAGCAUUUAGAAAGUUUAAUUAACCGAGCACAUUUAAUGCUUUUCAUUAAAGGUACACCGGAAAUACCACGGUGUGGUUUCACAAAGGAACUACUCGAUUUAUUGGCUAAAGCCAAUAUUACUGGUUAUAAAACAUUUGAUAUAUUAGAAGAUGAAAAUGUGCGGACGAAACUUAAAGAAUAUUCAUCAUGGCAAACAUAUCCUCAAAUAUAUGUUAAUGGACAGUUCAUCGGUGGUUUAGAUAUUCUCAAACAAAUGAGCGAAGAAGGAACAUUGGUGCAAACUUUAACUGGAAAACAGGGAACAGAAGUUUAG